AUGUCGCAGUAUACUCCCAGGCUUUCCGCUGAAUCUCUCCUUGAUAAGGUUGUUCUCAUUACUGGAGGUGCCAAUGGCAUUGGUGCCAGUCUAGUUCAGCAGUGUCUGCAAAGCGGCGCCAAUGUCUGUUUCGGGGAUCUUGACAACAUCAGCGGCGAGCGUCUGCUCCGUAUCUCUCAGGACCAAUUUCACCCCGCCGAGGAGGGCAUGCCCCCGCGGGUCGUCUUCCAGACCACCGAUGUCACCAACUACCAGUCGGUAUUGGCCUUGUUUGACCUGGCCUUUGAGACCUACCGUCGCAUCGACCACGUCGUCUCGGCGGCUGGCAUUAUAGAGAUCGGUAACUGGUUUGACUUUGGACUCACUAUGCAAACGAUCCGCCAGGAACGUCAGAAAGUGACCAUCUUGAUCAAGACCCCCACACACAAAGUGCUGGACGUCAACCUGCUCGGCUCUAUGUACGUUUCGAGAAUCGCUUCCGUCUACCUCCGGCACAACCGCGGCCCCGAUGUCGACCGGUCCAUUCUCCUGUUCUCUUGCAUGGCCGGAUUCAAGGAAAGCCCGUCGCUGUUUGUGUACCAGGCGGCGAAACACGGCGUUACCGGUCUCAUGCGCUCCCUGCGUACCUAUAUUUCCUCCCCCUAUAAGCACAAUUUGCGCGUCAACACCGUCUGUCCCUGGAUCACACAGACGGACAGCAUGAAGAAGAUUGAGCUGCAAUGGAAGCAGGCCAAUCUCCCCAGCAACACUCCACAGGAAGUUGCUAGCGUGGCUGCGGGCGUGCUGACAGACCAGUCCCUCAACGGCACAUCCAUGUACGUCGAGGGUGGUCGGGCCUGGGAAAUCGAACAGAAUAUCGACCGACUCGAGGCCCAGUGGCUGGGCGAGACGCCGUCCAAAUCCCUGGCCAUGGGCCAAGCCCUGCUUGACGAUGGUGCCAUCUGGACGGCGCCUCCCCGCCCACGCAAGAAGAGUAGUAUUUCGAACGGAGUCCCACCGGGCGUUCCUCCGCAGAAGGUCAAGGGCAUCCACAAGGAUUCAAUCAAUGGGGUCACCAACGGAGUGACCAACGGGCUCACCAACGGAGCGCAUUAA